AUGGAAUACAAUGAUUCCAAAACAAAAGGCAACAAAAAGGACCUCGAAAAAGAAAUCGAGGAAAUUGAAAGUGAAACAAAAUUCACUGAUAUCAUGGCAAGAGCAAAUGAAAUGAUAUUCAUGCUAGAAGCAAGAGCCACAGAAGCAGCAAAUGCAAAUAAUCAAUCGCCACAAACGGGAAGUGCCAGAACGGCAAGAGAUCAAAGUAAUGACGAAACCUUCAAUCCAGAUGACGCAUUAUGGCUGUCAGAGGAUCAUUCUGAUACUAGCAGAGCUGCGAUCGAAGAAGAGUUCAUAUGUAGAACUCUCAAACCAAGUCAAAUGAAACUUCCUAGGUUUUGGGGAGAUGAAGAAGAAUUUCCAGGUUUCUGGGCAGUUUAUGAAACUUUGGUACACCAAAAUAAAGUACUGAGUACAGUUGAGAAAAUGAUUCUUCUCAAAGAUAGUCUUCGAGGAAGAGCGGAAAUGACCAUCAAAGGGAUACAAUUAAUUCCGCAGAAUUAUAAAUGGAUGGUUGAAACUAUAAAGAAAAAAUAUGGUAACAAACCUAUAAAUAGAGCAAAGAUCGUGCAGAAACUAAUCGAUCUUCCAUGUGAAAGGAAUAAUGUCGAGAAUUGCACAUAUAUUUUCGACAAAAUAAGAAUGUUGAUUAACCAAAUGGUAUCGGCGGGCCAGGAUAUAUCCAAUACACAAGAUGCCAUGUGGACAGAAAGAAUACUGGAGAAGUUUCCGUACAAUAUUGUGAAAAAUGUCCUUAUAUCGAUCCAAGAAAAGGAAGACGUAAAAGUAGAAAACGUUAUGGAGCAACUCGAAAAAGAGAUCAACGCUAAAAAAAAUUCGUUGAAUCAAGAUUAA